UUGGAUCGGUCGGCAGCGGCGACAGGUGCCGGUCCUACACCGAGAAGCGACAGUGGGGACGGCUGAGCCCCCAAAAGAAGAAGAAUGAUAGGCAGCACCUGAAGCCACGCAGCCGCCGCCAUCUUCACAGCCGUGGAGCGCCUACCGAAAGCAUUUCACCUUCUUCCGGUUCGCCCCGCCCUCUUCCGGCUCCGCUUUGGGGGCGGGAUCAUCCGGGUCCUCGAAACCUCGCGGGGCUUGUUUGUUUUGCGACCCAGCAGCCCCUCCCUAAGCCAGCCGUCACCACCUCGUGGACCUGACAGUGGUGAAGUGCUGGUUGUAUUGAGCAAGACGGCCCUUGGCCUUGGCCUGAGGGCUGAAAGCCAAUCAGAUUGACUAGGAAGCCAUGGAAGCUGCUGAGAAAGAGGAAAUCAGUGUUGAAGAUGAAGCUGUGGAUAAAAACAUUUUCAAAGACUGCAGCAAGAUUGCUUUCUACAGGCGUCAGAAACAUCAGCUCUCCAGGAGAUCCACCUAUCAGGCAUUACUAGACUCAGUCACAACUGGCAAAGACAGCACCAAGUUCCACAUCAUCAAUGAAACAACCAAGGUUCCUCUACUGGCCGAAGUUUAUGGUAUAGAGGGAAAUAUUUUCAGGCUUAAAAUAAAUGAAGAAACUCCCCUGAAACCCAGGUAUGAAGUUCCUGAUGUCCUCACAAUCAAGCCCAGCACUGUAAGGCUGAUUUCAUGCUCAGGGGAUGCAGGUAGUCUGGUAUUGGCAGAUGGAAAAGGAGAUCUGAAGUGUCAUAUCACAGCAAACCCAUUCAAGAUAGAUUUGGUGUCUGAAGAAGAGAUUGUGAUGAGCAUAAACUCCCUGGACCAAUUGUACUUUGAGCACCUGCAGAUUCCUCUCAAGCAAAGAUCUACCAAAGAAAAUAAGGAGGACACAUCAAUUGAUGCUUCUCAGGAAGACCAAGAGGAUCUAGGCCUGUGGGAGGAGAAAUUUGGAAAAUUUGUGGAUGUCAAAGUUAAUGGUCCUGCCUCCAUUGGUUUGGAUUUCUCCUUGCAUGGAUUUGAACAUCUCUACGGGAUCCCACAACAUGCAGAAUCACACCAACUUAAAAAUACUAGUGAUGGCGAUGCUUACCGUCUUUAUAACCUGGAUGUCUAUGGAUAUAAAAUACAUGACAAAAUGGGCAUUUAUGGUUCAGUGCCUUAUCUUCUGGCCCACAAGCUAGGCAGGACUCUAGGCAUUUUUUGGCUUAAUGCCUCUGAAACACUAGUGGAGAUCAAUACAGAACCUGCAGUGAAGUACACACUGACCCAGAUGGGCCCUGUUGCAGCUAAACAAAAGAUUAGAUGUCGAACUGAUGUGCACUGGAUGUCAGAGAGUGGAAUCAUUGAUGUUUUUCUGCUAACAGGACCUACGCCUUCUGACAUCUUCAAGCAGUACUCAUACCUUACAGGCACACAAGCCAUGCCCCCUCUCUUCUCCUUGGGGUACCAUCAAUGCCGCUGGAACUAUGAGGAUGAGCAGGAUGUAAAAGCAGUGGAUGCAGGAUUUGAUGAACAUGACAUUCCUUAUGAUGUCAUGUGGCUGGACAUAGAGCAUACCGAGGGCAAAAGGUACUUCACUUGGGACAAGAAAAGAUUCCCAAAUCCCAAAAGGAUGCAAGAGCUGCUCAGAAGCAAAAAACGUAAGCUUGUGGUCAUCAGUGAUCCCCACAUCAAGAUUGAUCCUGACUACUCAGUGUAUUCUAAGGCCAAAGAACAGGGCUUCUUUGUGAGGAAUCAUGAAGGAGGAGACUUUGAAGGGGUAUGCUGGCCUGGUCUCUCCUCUUAUCUGGAUUUCACCAAUCCCAAGGUCAGAGAGUGGUAUUCAGGUCUUUUCACUUUCUCUGCUUACCAGGGAUCUACUGACAUCCUCUACAUAUGGAACGACAUGAAUGAGCCUUCUGUCUUUAGAGGGCCAGAGCUAACCAUGCAGAAGAAUGCCGUUCAUCAUGGCAACUGGGAGCACAGGGAACUUCACAACAUCUAUGGUUUUUAUCAGCACAUGGCUACUGCAGAAGGACUGAUACAACGAUCUGAGGGGAAGGAGAGACCCUUUGUUCUUACUCGUUCUUUCUUUGCUGGAUCACAAAAGUAUGGUGCUGUGUGGACGGGCGACAACACAGCAGAAUGGAGCUACCUGAAAAUUUCUAUCCCUAUGUUACUCACCCUCAGCAUUACUGGGAUCUCUUUUUGUGGAGCUGAUGUAGGCGGCUUCAUCGGGAAUCCAGAGGCUGAGCUGCUAGUGCGAUGGUACCAGGCUGGAGCCUACCAGCCCUUCUUCCGUGGCCAUGCUACCAUGAAGACCAAGCGGCGAGAACCCUGGCUCUUUGGGGAGGAGUACACUCGGCUCAUCCGGGAAGCCAUCAGGCAGCGCUAUGCCCUCCUGCCCUAUUGGUAUUUUCUCUUCUACUGCGCACAUGUGGCUGCUGAACCAGUCAUGAGGCCUCUGUGGAUAGAGUUCCCAGAGGAAUUAGACACUUUUGGUGUGGAAGAUGAAUACAUGCUGGGAAGCGCUUUAUUGGUUCAUCCAGUCACAGAACCAAAAGCCACCACAGUUGAUGUGUUCCUGCCAGGAUCAAAUGAGGUCUGGUAUGACUCUAAAACAUUUGCUCAUUGGGAAGGAGCAUGUACUGUGAAGAUCCCGGUAGCCUUAGACACUAUACCGGUAUUUCAGCGAGGUGGAAGUAUAGUACCAAUAAAGACAACUAUAGGAAAAUCCACAGGCUACAUGUCUGAUUCCCCGUAUGGACUCCGGGUGGCCCUCAGUACUAAGGGUUCUGCCAUGGGUGAAUUCUACCUUGACGAUGGCCAUUCAUUCCAAUAUCUCCACCAGAAGCAAUUCUUGCACAGGAAGUUUUCAUUCUUGGCAGGUGUUUUGAUCAACAGUUGUGCUGACAAAAGAGGUCAUUAUCCUACCAAGUGUGUGGUGGAGCAGAUCUUCAUCCAAGGCCUCAAGAAGCAGCCAUCUUCUGUGACCACCCAUUCAUCUGAUGGUAAAGAGGAGCCUGUGGCUUUUACAUAUUGUGCCAAAAUGUCUACCCUGAGGCUAGAGAAGCUCUCACUGAACAUCGGCACUGACUGGGAAGUCCACAUCAGAUGACAGUGAAGUGCACCCGUUGAUGAGCACAGGAAGCAGCCUGCACUUUUACCCUUUCCCUUGACCUUUACUGAUAUUUGUGCUGCAUGCUAAUUGACUUCUCUGGCUACAAAUGAUCUUACAUUAGUUACCAGUUUACUGGUAGAUCUCAGGUUUUAUAUAUUUUUUAAAUAUUUUAUUUAUUUAUUCAUGAGAGACAUACACAGAGAGAGAGAGAGAGAGGCAGAGACAUAGGCAGAGGGAGAAGCAGGCUCCAUGCAGCAAGUCCUGGGUCAAUGGCAGGCACUAAACCAUGAACCACCCCGGGAUACCCCUGGGUUUUACAUUUUUAGAGGUACUAGUAAUACUCUUUGUGUCAAAUACUACUUCUUCUCCUAGAUGCAAGUAGCCCCAAGACAUUUAUAGAGUUCAUUGAUCUGCUGCUGCUUCUUGGACCAUGGCGCUGUGAUACACACUGUGGCCCAAUGAGUAGCUUAUCUUUGAGCAUAACUGGAUGGGUUUAUUUGUUGUUCUUUUUUUUUCUUUAAGUGAACUCUGCCCCCAAUGUGAGGCUCAAACUCACAACCUUGAGAUCAAGAGUCAUAUGCUGGGACACCUGGGUGGCUCAGCGGUUGAGCAUCUGCC